UUAUCAGUUCUGCCCACAGCCAGGCGAGGGUUAAUAGGGAGGGAGAUCUCAUUUCAUUUCCUGCCUCCACCCUCCAAUUAAAAUUGGUUCUUUUGCAUCUCAUUUCUAUUUCCUUCAGGUGUGACUCUCAGUCUCCAGAUCAGAGAUCUCCAGGCCUGGAGCCUUCUUGGGGAGGCAGACCUGAGAGCCUUCAUAGUCACAGGUCUGCACUUGACCCUUCACACCAAGUACCAUGGCCCUGGCCCUGGCCAACAACCCACAGGAGGCAUUGCUUUUGGCCUUGAGAGACCUGGACGAAAAUGACUUCAAGAUAUUAAAGUACCACUUACGGAACAGGACCCUGCUGCCCCGAGGGGAGCUGGAGGGCCUGAACCCGGUGGACCUGGCUUCUCGGCUGGUUUUGAUGCACGGAGCGCGGGACGCUGUGAAAGUGGUGUGCCAGGUGCUGGAGGGCAUGAAGCUGUUAGAGCUCGUGCACCAGCUCAGCCACAUCUGUCUAAACGAUUACAGAGACACAUACCGGGAGUACGUGCGCUGCCUGGAGGAGGGGCAGGAGGAGGGAGUGAGCCGCAGCUACACCCCGCUGCUGCUGGUGGCCUCGACCAGCCCCGGGAGCCCGGAGCCCGAGCAUGAGCCGGACCGCGUCCCGGUUGAGGCUCUGUUUGAUCCGGGCCAGCAGCCCGGCCCAGGCCCGGCGGCCACGGUGGUGCUGCAGGGGUCCGCCGGCACGGGCAAGACGACGCUGGCAAGAAAGAUGGUGCUGGACUGGGCCUCGGGCGCGCUGUACCGGGGCCGGUUUGACUACGUCUUCUACGUGGGCUGCAGGGAGGUGGGCCUGCUGCCGGAGGCCACGCUGGACCAGCUCCUGCGGUGGUGCUGCGGGGACAGCAGGGCGCCCGUGGCGGAGAUCUGGAGGCAGCCCGAGCGGCUGCUGUUCAUCCUGGACGGCUACGACGAGCUGCAGAGGCCCGUGGCCUGGGGGCUGCAGCGGCCCAGGCCGGCCCCCGCGCAGGACCUGCUGCACCGGCUCAUCCGGAGGGAGGUCCUGCCCGCCUGCUCCCUGCUCAUCACCACGCGGCCGCUGGCCCUGCGCAACCUGCAGGCCCUGCUCAGGCAGCCGCGCCACGUGCACGUCCGGGGCUUCUCGGAGGCCGAGAGGGAGCGGUACGUCCAGGCCUAUUUCGCGGACCGGGAGCAAGCCCAGAAGGCCUGGGACUUCGUCCGUGGGAACGACGUGCUCUACCAAGCGUGCCAGGUGCCGGGCCUCUGCUGGGUGGUGUGCUCCUGGCUGAAGGGCCGGAUGGAGAGGGGCGGGGAGGUCUCCGAGACGCCCAGCAGCGGCACCGACAUCUUCAUGGCCUACGUCUCCACCUUCCUGCCGCCCUGUGACAGCGAUGGGGCCUCCUCCGAGCUCACCCGAGAUGGGGUCCUGAGGGGCCUGUGCUCCCUGGCGGCCGAGGGGAUCCAACACCAGAGGUUCCUGUUCGAGGAAGCUGAGCUCAGGAAGCACGGGCUAGACGGGCCCAGCCUGGCUGCGUUCCUGAGCAGCCACGACUACCAGGAGGGGCUGGACAUCAAGAGGUUCUACAGCUUCCGCCACAUCAGCUUCCAGGAGUUCUUCCACGCCAUGUCCUACCUGGUGAGAGAGGACCAGAGCCAGCUGGGGGAGGAGUCCCUCCGGGAGGUGAACAGGCUGCUGGGCGACCCGGAGCAGGCAGAGGGGGAGCCGAUGACCCUCAGCAUGCAGUUCCUGUUGGACAUCUCCAAAAAGGAGAGCUCCUCCAACUUGGAGCUCACGUUCUGCUUCAAAAUCUCCCCCUCGAUAAAGCAGGACCUGAGGAACUUCAAAGAGCAGAUGACCUCUCUGAGGCAUCACAGGGCCUGGGAGUGGGACUUCUUCCUGAACGAGGCCAAGAUGAAGAGUCUGGCAAACUGUGUUCAGAUGAGCCAUGUGGCGCUGAAGGUGGAACAUUCCAAUGAAAAGAAAGCCACAAGCAGGAGCUCGUUUUCUGUCAGAACCAGCUUGAACAAUGACAAGAAAGAGGAGCAGAAAUGUCUGGAUGUGAACCAAGGGAAUGCAGCCGGGACACAACGGCAGGCUACUCCUGGGAAAGGCAGAGGGAAGAGGAAAUAGAGAGCAGGAGGGGAGGAGGGGAGGAGGAGGACAGGAAGUGCAGGAGUGGAAGCAUGAGAGCUGACGGUGGAGUGGAGAGACAGAAGGAGCGGGAAGACGGUAGAGAGGAAUGGAGAGAUGUGAGAUUGAAUCAGUGGGCACAAGGAGUGGAAGGAUGGAACAGCAAGCAGAAAAGAGGAGUAGGGAGAGGGCCCUGUGGAAUGAGUCCUUAGGCACAACCACACGUGUCCACAGGGCUCGGCAUUAGUUAUUUAGCACCGCCCACCUCCCCAAGGCUGUUUGUAAAUUCCCCAAAUGUAGUCUUAUGAUAGUCUCACAUUUGACUCUUUCCUAUAAAAAUAAACUCCUU